AUAAAAAAAUUGAUAUAAAAAUGUAGUACGCGUUGAUUUUCGUUUGUUUUUCGGACGCAAUCAAAAUUGACAGUUAGUUAACCUAAAUUUUUUGUGGAAAAUGGACCGUUUUAAAUCGGGGGUGAAACUACGUUGAAAAUUUGUGGAAAUUAGUGUCCCGGUAAUAGUAAAUAUGUGCACGUGAUGAAGGCAUGGUUUUUGGCGCGGUGGUGGGGGGAAAAAUAAAGGAAAACCGACUCUAUCAACAAAAAUAUUCAAGAAUCAAAUGCGCUGGUGGUGCGAACGCGCGCUCCGUCACGUUAUCACUUGUACAAAGGGCCCCCUUCGCUGAUCGAAACUCCGAAAAAGGGAAUUAGUUAAUUUAACAAUUAAAACCGAAAUAAUGUGACUUAAUCUAUAGUGCGUUCAAGUUUCGUUGUUUGUACAUUAUAUUUAGUACGCCGUAGUUGUAGUUGAUAAUUUCCCGUGUAUAUUUUCCCUUUUUCUUGGCCGAUUUUCGUGUGAUGCCGAAGAACCGGAGAUUUAAUCCGAACGUCUAAUGUCUCAGCGAGAUACUGUGAUACAUCUAGUGGCUGGAGGUGUUGCAGGUACCGUAGGUGCAAUAGUGACAUGUCCGUUAGAGGUGGUAAAGACCAGGUUGCAAUCGUCGAAAAGUGGUUUUUGUUACGAAUCGCUAAAUGGGGGUGUCCUGGGGGGCGCCGCCACAUCACAACGCGUCAUCGACGACACAAGGAACCCAACCACGACAACAACAAACACCUUAAGUCCGGCCCAGAGGCGUAGGUUGUGGACCUGUGCCCGCCAGUGCCGCCCUCAAGUUGUAGCUCUUUCAGGUUACGUCGCGAAGACUGGACCCGCGACCACCAGCCUCGUUCAAUGUUUGAAGCGUAUCGUCAAAUACGAAGGCCCCAUGGCCCUUUUUAAAGGUUUGGGGCCAAAUUUAAUAGGCGUAGCUCCUUCGCGUGCAGUUUACUUUUGCACGUACUCUCAAAUGAAAGUGUUCUUAAAUAGUAUUACGACUCAUCAAGACACCGCGAUGGUUCAUAUCUUAUCGGCAAUGUGCGCUGGGUUCACAUCGAGCACUUUAACUAACCCUAUUUGGUUUGUAAAGACGAGAUUACAAUUGGACGUUAAUAAACAAAACCAAAUGACCGCUAUGGAAUGUGUACGAAGAAUAUAUGCUCAAUCAGGUCUUUUGGGUUUUUAUAAAGGUAUAACGGCAUCUUAUAUGGGAAUAUCGGAAACGAUAGUUCAUUUUGUGAUAUACGAAGCGAUCAAACAGGAAAUGAUGGCGCACCGUUCCCGACAAACGGACGAUAGGGACGCCAGCGAUUUCCUCGAAUUCAUGUUGGCGGGGGCCGUUUCGAAAACGGUGGCGAGCUGCGUCGCGUACCCUCACGAGGUUGCUAGGACUCGUUUGCGCGAGGAGGGUUCGAAGUAUCGUAAAUUUUGGCAGACUCUAGGUUUGGUGUUUAAAGAGGAAGGUAUACGCGGCGUUUAUCGCGGUUUAACGACGCAAUUAGUACGGCAAAUACCGAAUACGGCCAUUAUGAUGGCCACUUACGAGGCUGUAGUGUACCUGUUAACGCCCCGAUCUGGUAAUUAUUAUGGGAGAGACUGUGAAGAUUAAGAUGACUGAAAAAAAAAAGAUUUGGAGUGAAGAGGAGGUUGAUAAUGAAGGGGAAAAAGUGAGUUUUUUAAGUUCCUUUUUAAGUUUUUUUUUGGUUAGAUUUUUUUUGGAGUAUCGCCGUCGGAUUCCAUUUUAUUUUUUGAGGAUUUAAAAUUAAUUUUUUGUAAAAAUUGAAAAAAAAUUAAAAUGGGAUUAGCAGAGGAAAUUGUUCUUCCGAUCGUGUUAAAAAAAUGAGUCAUUAGUUUAUAAAUUUGUUAGUCGAUAAAUUUGCUGUAAAUAGCUAUAACUACGUUUUUGCAAAAAUAAAUAUUAAUAAUACGUUA